AACACACGUUUUCAAGUUUCACUCAAAAUUCCAACACCAACCCUUUUUGUAUUAUAACUCUACUUCCACCGUUUUUUCUCUAUAUCUCACUCUCAUUUAUUAUCAUUAAAAAUAAAAUUUAAAUAAAAAGAAUCUAUGAACAUGUCAAGAAUUUAUAGGUUGUCAAAAACAUUAAUCCAGCUUAUGCUUAGCUAGAUUCCUGCUCAACAUGGCCUUCUUCUUCACCUGCAGCUGUUCAAAAUACUAACAAAAACCGAUCCUUUUCGAUUCACACUGCUUCUGCUCCAGCUAUAACACUCUUCAAGAUCUUCUUAGGGUUCAGUUUUCUUCAAAAAGAUCAAAUUUUGAGAAGGCCAACAAAAAUAUAAACUCCCAAGUUGUUACCUUUCUUCAAUUUUUUAGAUACCGUGAUGAUGAAUUGGAGAAAAAAUGGUUUAUUUAUCUAUGUUUUGUAUAUUUUAUCAUCUUCAAUUUCUAGGGUUUGUUUUUGUGCUACUUUUGUUCCAACAGAUAAUUACCUUAUAGAUUGUGGAUCAUCCACAACUACUUCAAUAGGUAACCGAAAUUUCACUUCAGAUAAUUUAUCUAAGAAAUUUAUCACCACACAACAAGAAAUUCUUGCUAGCACUUCUUCAAAAUCAGUUUCUUCUGAUAAUGUUGAUGAAACCCCUCUUUAUCAAACUGCAAGAAUCUUCACUGGAUCUUCAAAGUACACUUUUCCAAUUAACCAAAAGGGUAGACACUGGAUCCGGUUUUAUUUCUUUCCAUUUAUAUAUGAUAAGUACAAUUUGAAGGCUGCAAAAUUCUCUGUUUCAACACAAGCCUUUGUUCUUCUUAGUGGUUUCACUGCGGAGAAGAAUCCUGUGAUGAAGGAGUAUUCAAUCAAUGUUACUUCAGAUACACUCGUGAUUGAGUUUAGACCUUAUGAAAAUUCUGUUGCAUUUGUUAAUGCAAUUGAAGUUGUUUCUGUACCUGAUGAUCUUAUUGCUGGUGAUGCCUUUACCUUAAAUCCAGCAUCAACCUAUUCAGGGUUGGUGUCACAAGCUUUGGAGACAGUUUGGAGGAUUAACAUGGGUGGUCCUGUUGUCUCUUCUGGACAAGACCCUCUUUAUAGAACUUGGAUUUCAGAUCAAAAGUUUCUUCUAACAUCGGACCUUGCUACCGAUGUUUCGAAAAUUGCUGGUGUUAAUUAUGCUAAAGGGGGUGCAACAGAAAACACUGCUCCACCUACUGUUUAUGGUACUGCUACCGAGAUGAACAAGAACUCGAGCAAUGAUAUCAGCAAUACUUUCAAUGUGACAUGGAGGUUUGAUGUGGAGUCUGGAUUUCAAUACCUUGUUCGAGCUCACUUUUGUGAUAUAGUCAGCAAAGCUCUCAAUGAACUUUACUUCAAUGUUUAUAUUGACUCCUUCGCAGCUGCUAAGGAUCUUGAUCUUAGUACUACGGGUAAUAAUGUUUUGGCUGUUCCGUAUUAUAAGGAUUUGGUUACAUCCUUAGAGGACAACGAUAAACUUAGUGUGAGUAUUGGCCCUUCGGCCGUGAAUAAGGACAAUCCUAAUGCUAUUUUGAAUGGACUAGAGAUCAUGAAAAUGAACAAUUCCAUAGGUAGUCUUAGUGCUGCAGCAGCAUCUGGUACUGGGGGUGAUUCUUCUGGUUCGAGUUCUAGUAAGGUUGGCGUGAUAGCAGGUGUGAGUGUAGGGAUAGUGAGUGCAUUGGUCUUGGCUGGUGUUUUCUGUGUAAUGUGCAGGAAAAGAAGGAGGUUGGCAAGACAAAGACAAUCGAAGACAUGGAUUCCUUUAUCCGUCAACGAUGCAGCUUCGCAUACAAUGGGAAGUAAAUAUUCGAACGGCACAACAAUAAGUGCUGCUUCGAAUUUUGAGUAUCGCGUUCCUUUAGUGGAAGUUCAGGAGGCUACAAACAAUUUUGAUGAGAGUUGGGUUAUUGGGGUAGGUGGUUUUGGGAAAGUAUUCAAGGGAGAAUUAAGGGAUGGCACGAAAGUGGCGGUGAAGAGAGGGAAUCCACGGUCACAGCAGGGGAUUGCGGAAUUUCGAACGGAGAUUGAAAUGUUGUCUCAGUUCCGCCAUCGCCAUUUGGUGUCUUUGAUUGGCUAUUGUGAUGAAAACAAUGAAAUGAUCCUGAUAUAUGAGUACAUGGAGAACGGAACUCUCAAGAGUCAUCUGUAUGGUUCGGAAUUCCCGAGCUUAAGUUGGAAGGAGAGACUCGAGAUAUGCAUUGGAUCUGCUAGAGGACUUCAUUACCUUCACACCGGCUAUGCUAAAGCUGUUAUUCAUCGUGACGUGAAGUCUGCAAAUAUACUACUCGAUGAGAACCUAAUGGCUAAAGUCGCUGAUUUUGGAUUGUCCAAAACUGGUCCUGAGCUCGACCAAACGCACGUGAGCACAGCCGUCAAAGGGAGUUUUGGGUACCUCGAUCCCGAGUAUUUCAGAAGGCAACAGCUGACAGAAAAGUCGGACGUGUAUUCAUUCGGGGUAGUUCUGUUUGAAGUUCUUUGCGCUAGGCCUGUCAUCGAUCCAUCGCUUCCUAGGGAAAUGGUAAACUUGGCAGAAUGGGCAAUGAAAUACCAGAAAAAAGGACAGUUGGAACAAAUCAUAGAUACAACACUUGCAGGGAAAAUCAAACCAGAUUCUCUAAGGAAGUUCGGAGAAACAGCGGAAAAAUGCUUGGCUGAUUACGGUGUCGACAGGCCUUCAAUGGGAGACGUCCUGUGGAAUUUGGAGUAUGCUCUUCAACUUCAAGAAGUCGUUGUUCAAGGCGAUCCUGAAGAAAACAGUACAAAUAUGAUCGGCGAACUCUCUCCACAGGUCAACAACUUCAACCAGGAAACAAGUGUUUCUUCUGCUUCUGCGGUCCCAUUCGAAGCUUCAACCGUCGAUGAUCUUUCCGGUGUUUCUAUGAGUAGAGUAUUCUCGCAGUUGGUGAAAUCUGAGGGUAGAUGAGAUGGGUGACUUUGAAUAUACCCUUUCCUAAAUUAUUAUGUAACAAAGUAUUCUUCUGUUAUCAUUUUUGUUGUUUUUGUUCAGAUCAGUAACUCUCUGCCACAACAUAGAAGAUUGAGGCACUUGAUAUAGAUUUGUAAAGAAAGAUGGAGUUAUUGAAACAUGCUUUGCUUAAUUUGUAAUCAGAGGUUUGAACUAGUCUAUCUUGAAAAUGGAAGUGCAACUAUUAGUUGUUAUACCUUAUCAGCCAGACAAAUACCUGAAUCUAAAAGUUGGCAAAGUUCUGCUACUAAACUGCCUAUAAGAAUUUUCAGUCACAUGUUUUUUGUAUUUUUUUCUUUCACAUGAAAGAUUAAGACCUGUUGUACUUUAAUUUUGUUGUUAUGUAUUUAUUAUAAUUAUUAUCAUUAUUUA